CUUCUUUUCCUUUUGGUUUGGUUUUUGCAAUUUUUGCAAUUCCCAUUUUCUUUCCCACUGCGGCUCCAAACAAACGCAGCUACUGUACGUAUCUUUCAAAAGGAAAAAAAAAAAAAAAACCAUUCGCUCACUCAAAUGUGAAACAAACAAGACGCAUACAUGAACUGAAUUCAAUUCUAUAAACAAUAAACCCUACAUCGAUUGAUUGAUUGAUUUUCUGUGUUUUUUAUUCUAUUUACGGAUCCUAAUCUUCAAAUAUGGAACCGCCGGCAAUGGACGAGCAAUCGAACGACGCGGAAGGUCCGGGUGAUGACCCUAUGGUUCCAUCUCCUUCUCCGGCUCCGCCAGCAACGGCGGAAACUCAAUCGCAAGAAGGAAGAGGGGAGGAGGAUGAAGAGGAGGUUAAGAAUGAAGACGAUGAGUUGAUUGCCAGGGCUCAUAAGUUGAUGGACAAGGUUACUGCUUCGUAUGAUAACCCUAACCCUACCUUUCUUCAUGCUCUUGCGACACUUCUUGAGACUCAAGAAUCCAGAUACAUGGCAGAGAAUGGUCAUUCUUCUAGUAAUGGUCGUGGAUCUCAUAGUAUUGGAAGGCUAGGAAAUGUACUCCGGGAGAACGAUGAAUUUUUUGAAUUGAUUUCCUCAAAGUUCCUUUCAGACACUAGAUACUCAUCCUCUAUACAGGCUGCUGCUGCAAGGCUUCUUUUAAGUUGUUCAUUGACUUGGACGUAUCCUCAUGUUUUUGAGGAAGAUGUUUUGGAAAACAUUAAAAAAUGGGUGAUGGAGGAAGCCGGGAAAUCUUCUGCUGAGGAUCGGAACUGGAAACCUGAGCUAGGAGGGAAGGACGUUUCAGAUUCUGAAAUGUUAAAGACAUAUUCCACCGGACUCCUUGCUGUAUGCUUGGCUGGUGGAAGUCAAUUGGUGGAAGACGUUUUCACUGCUAGAUUAUCUGCAAAACUUAUGCGUUUUCUUCGUAUUCGUGUUCUUGGAGAUGUGAGUCAAAAAGAUGGUAAUCAUUUAUUAGAUGCAAAAAAUGCUUCUAGUGCUAGUGGCAUCAAAGUUAGAGAUGAAAGCCGAGUGAGGGUACGACAAGUUUUGGAAACAUCUCAUUUAGAUGAUUCAAGAACGACAGAUGAAAGAUCCGUAGACGAUCAAGUUUUUGAUAGGGAUAAUGAGAGAGGCCUAAGUAGGUUGGCACCACCAGAACAAUGUUGGGUUGGUGAAGAAGGACCUGAUGGAUUGGCUCCUAGGUCUGAUGGAUAUGAGGUGGAUGUAGAAGGUGAAGAAAGAUGGCAUGGUUUAGAUUUUCGAGAUGGGAGGACUAAACAUGGUGACAUUGAUGACAAUGCUAGAGAUGACUCUACAAGACGCAAAAUGAGCCGUAGCAGAUCCAGAGGGAAAGGAAGAGUACAUGAAGGUGCUCUUGAGAUUGAUCAUGCCCUCACUUCGCCAAUUUCUGGUAAUAGAGGGCGGAGUGGUAGAGAAAGGAGUUCAUUUAAAAAUCUGGAUGUUAAAAAAGUAUCUGAUGCUAGUAGGACAUCUGGCAGGACAAAUUGUGAUAUUUCUUCUGUGGAACGCGAUGAUAAUGAUGAUUGCUUCCAAGAUUGUAGAGUUGGAUCAAAAGAUAUUUCUGAGCUAGUAAAGAAAGCUGUUUCUGCCGCAGAAGCUGAAGCGAGAGCAGUUGGUGCGCCUUUAGAAGCCAUAAAAGCAGCUGGUGAUUCUGCAGCUGAGGUUGUUAAGAGUGCUGCUUUUGAGGAAUUUAAAACUUCUAAUGAUGAAGAGGCUGCAUUUUUGGCUGCUUCUAAAGCUGUGACUACUGUGAUUGAUGCUGCCAAUGCUGUGGAGGUUUCCAGGAGCCAGAAUGAUGCAAAUGUUAGUUCAGACGAUCCAGGUACCACAGUAAAAGAAAUGAAUGAGCAAACUGAAGAAUUUUCCAUCCCUAGUUUUGAAUCCCUCACACAACUGAGAGAAAAAUAUUGUAUUCAAUGUCUUGAGAUUCUUGGGGAAUAUGUUGAGGUUCUUGGGCCUGUAUUGCGUGAAAAGGGUGUAGAUGUAUGUCUUACUCUACUUCAGAGGAGUUCCAAGCAAAGCGAAACAUCAAAUACUGAAAUGCUAUUGCCAGAAGUGAUGAAAUUAAUAUGUGCUUUGGCUGCUCAUCGUAAGUUUGCAGCACUUUUUGUCGAUCGGGGUGGUAUGCAGAAACUCCUAGCAGUUCCCAGAGUUACUCAUACAUUUUUUGGGCUCUCUUCCUGUUUAUUCACAAUUGGUUCCCUGCAGGGAAUAAUGGAACGGGUCUGUGCCCUUCCUCCAGAAGUUGUUUAUCAGGUGGUUGAGUUAGCUAUCCAGCUUCUUGAGUGCCAACAAGAUCAGGCAAUUAAGAACGCUGCCUUAUUUUUUGCUGCUGCUUUUGUGUUCAGAGCUGUUCUUGAUGCAUUUGACGCUCAAGAUAGCCUGCAGAAAUUACUCGGGCUUUUGAAUGAUGCUGCAUCUGUGAGGUCUGGAGUGAAUUCUGGUGGGGCUUUAGGCCUUUCUAAUACAGGAUCGUUGCGAAAUGAUCGGUCACCUACUGAAGCACUUACAUCUUCUAGAAAGCAAAUAGCCUACCAUACCUGUGUGGCGUUACGUCAAUAUUUCAGAGCUCAUCUCCUUUUGCUCGUGGAAUCUAUUCGUCCUAAUAAAAGUAGUCGAAGUGCGGCUCGAAAUGCUUCCAGUGCAAGGGCAGCAUACAAACCACUUGAUAUUAGCAACGAGGCUAUGGAUACUGUUCUUCUCCUUUUACAGAAGGAUCGGAAGCUUGGUGCUGCAUUCGUAAGAACUCGUUGGCCUGCUGCUGAGAAGUUCUUAAACUGUAAUGGGCAUAUAACCAUGUUGGAGUUGUGUCAGGCCCCUCCUGUGGAUCGUUACUUGCACGAUUUACUUCAAUAUGCACUGGGUGUUCUUCAUAUUGUAACGUUAGUGCCUAACAGCCGGAAAAUGAUUGUGAAUGCCACAUUGAGCAACAAUCGUGUUGGCGUAGCUGUCAUUUUGGAUGCAGCAAGUAUUGCUAGUAAUUUUGUUGUCCCAGAGAUUAUCCAGCCGGCUUUGAAUGUGUUGAUCAAUCUUGUUUGCCCUCCACCAUCAAUCAGCAAUAAACCACCUGUAGUCAUGCAAGGAUCGCAAGCUAUAUCUUCCCAGACCUCUAGUACUCCUGUUGUCGAGAGUAGAGAUAGAAAUGCAGAACGUGUUGUCUCAGAUCGAGCUGGUUACUCGACUGGUCAAGGAGAUCAGAGAGAACGCAAUGGGGAUUCUAGCAUUGUAGAUCGAGGCAAUACUUCAGUAACUGGUCAGGCUACUAGCAAUAAUUCUCAGAAUCCUGUUGCAACAACGUCAGGAUUGGUUGGGGAUCGUCGAAUAUCUUUGGGUGCAGGAGCUGGCUGUGCUGGUCUUGCUGCACAAUUGGAGCAAGGGUAUCGUCAGGCCAGGGAGUCAGUCCGUGCUAACAAUGGUAUAAAGGUUCUUUUGCAUCUCCUCCAACCAAGGAUCUAUCUGCCUCCUGCAGCUCUUGAUUGUCUCCGUGCUCUUGCAUGUCGGGUCUUGCUUGGCUUAGCCAGAGACGAUACAAUAGCACACAUAUUGACAAAACUUCAGGUGGGGAAAAAAUUAUCGGAACUAAUUCGAGAUUCAGGUAGCCAGAUUUCAGGAACUGAGCAAGGUAGAUGGCAAGCUGAGCUUUCUCAGGUUGCAAUUGAGCUGAUUUCUAUUGUGACAAAUUCUGGGCGGGCCAGUGCUCUGGCAGCUAGUGAUGCUGCUACCCCAACUUUGAGACGGAUAGAAAGAGCCGCCAUAGCUGCUGCAACACCUAUAACUUACCAUUCCAGGGAACUUCUUCUCCUAAUUCACGAGCAUCUUCUGGCAUCUGGAUUAAGCAAAGCUGCCUAUGCACUGCUGAAAGAGGCUGAGUUGACACCUUUGCCUCAUUUAGCCGCUCCAUCAUCUCUUGCAUACCAAGCUUCCAAGCUAGAGACACCCUCAACCCAACUGCAGUGGCCGUGUGGUCGAUCCCCAUGUGGAUUUCUGACUGAUAAAUCUAAGCUGUCUUCACGAGAAGAAGAUGCAAGUAUGAAAUGCGAUUAUAAUAUGUCUUGUCCAAGGAAAAAGCCCUUGGUUUUCACUCCUUUUACGCAUUCAAAAUCUCUACCUAAAUCCCUGGAAUCUUCUUCCUCAGCAGUUAGAAAAGUUUCUAGUACUUCAAAACAAUCUGCUGCACCUUUAUCCUCAAACGAAACAACCCCAAGCAUUGAUACAGAGUCUCAAUGUAAAACACCCAUUAUAUUGCCAAUGAAGCGGAAGUUGUCUGAGUUGAAGGAUACUGGCACUGUACUGUCCUCGAAACGACUUCACUCUAAUGAGUCUGGACUCCGUUCUCCUAUUUGUCCUACACCUAUUUCCUCUCGCAAGAGUAGUCUAAUUACAGAUGUUGGGUUUUCUACCCCAAGCACCACUAACAUGAGAGAUCAGCUUGGACGACCGGCACCUGGGGGUUUUUGGACGGAUUGUUUGGAUGAAAACCAAGGUAGUACUCAAAUUGGUUUGGUCACACCAUCAUCGCAUCCUGGGAAUCUUAAUGACCCACAACCUAGCAAUAGCGAGAGGAUAACUCUGGACUCCCUUGUUGUUCAGUAUCUAAAACACCAGCAUCGCCAAUGUCCAACACCGAUAACUACUCUUCCACCAUUAUCUCUUUUGCAGCCUCACGUUUGUCCUGAACCAAAACGAAGCCUUGAUGCACCAUGGAAUGUAACAUCUCGCCUUGGCUCACGUGAAUUUAGAAGUAUAUAUGGUGGUGUUCAUGGAAAUCGCAGGGACCGCCAGUUUGUAUACAGCAGGUUUAGGCCCUGGCGUACUUGUCGGGAUGAUGCCAGUGCACUUUUGACCUGUCUUACUUUCCUGGGGGAUUCAAGAAUUGCUGUUGGCAGCCACUCAGGGGAGGUCAAGAUAUUCGAUUCCAAUAGCAGCAGCAUAUUAGAGAGUUGCACCAGCCAUCAGUCUCCUUUAACCAUAAUGGAGUCGUUUACUUCUGACGACACUCAGCUUGUGCUUUCAUCUAGCUCCUUGGACGUAAGGUUAUGGGAUGCUUCAUCCAUUUCUGGUGGGCCGAUGCAUUCGUUCGAAGGAUGCAAGGCUGCAAGGUUUAGCAAUGCUGGUAACAUUUUUGCUGCAAUGGCAUCCGAGCCUGCUCGAAGAGAAAUACUCUUGUACGAUAUUCAAACCUGCCAACUGGAAUUGAAACUAUCGGACACCAACGUCAGCUCUGCAGGUCGAGGGCAUGCUUAUUCUCAUGUACACUUCAGCCCUUCAGAUACAAUGUUGCUCUGGAAUGGAGUUUUAUGGGAUCGACGUGGACCGGGACCUGUCCAUCGUUUCGAUCAGUUUACUGAUUAUGGUGGUGGUGGUUUUCAUCCAGCUGGCAAUGAGGUUAUUAUUAAUUCCGAGGUUUGGGAUCUUCGGAAGUUUAGGCUUCUCCGCAGCGUACCUUCGCUCGACCAAACUGCGAUAACAUUCAAUGCGAGUGGCGACGUAAUUUAUGCAAUCUUGAGGAGAAAUCUCGAGGAUGUAAUGUCAGCUGUUCAUACCCGUCGUGUCAAACAUCCGCUCUUCGCUGCGUUUCGGACCAUCGAUGCAGUGAACUAUUCAGACAUUGCUACUAUCCCUCUAGAUCGUUGUGUUCUAGACUUCACAACAGAGAAAACGGAUUCCUUCGUUGGUUUGAUCACAAUGGAUGAUCAAGAUGAGAUGUUUUCUUCAGCAAGGGUCUAUGAAAUUGGUCGAAGAAGGCCGACCGACGACGACUCUGAUCCUGAUGAUGCUGAGAGCGAGGAAGACGAAGAUGAAGACGACGACGAUGACGAUAGUUUGGAUCCAAUUUUGGGACCUGAUAUUGAUGGGGAUGGUGAGAGUGAUUCAGAUGAUAUGAGUAAUGACGACGACGAUAGUGUGAGCGAUCUCGACGACGACGAUGUUGAUUUUGUGAUUGACGAUGUUGAUUUCGAGGGGGGACCUGGAAUUUUGGAUAUAUUGCCAGAAGAGGACGAUGAAGAUGAUGAUAGUCAAUUGCUUGAGUCUUUUAGCAGUGAGGACGACGAGGAUUUUGUCAAUAGCGGAUAUGGAUUUUAAUAACAUUUUAAGGGAUAAUCAAAACAAUCAUCAGGUCAACCUGGAUGUAUUUAUUUAAUUUUUAGUAACUUUUUUAGUCCAAAAUAUCUUUAUUUUUAACAAUUUAGUUAGAUAAAAAGAAAUUUAAAAAAAAAAAAAAAAGGAGAAGUUCUACCUCAUUUUCAAUCCCUUUUGUUUCCCUUUGUUUUCCCCUUCAUUUAUUAAUUAUUUUCUAGA